AUGUCCGAGACCGUGUAUAAUAUUACGAUACCUAAUACAUCUCCGAUGGUCACCUACUCUCCAUACGUGACCAAUAGUGCCAACUCGGGUGGAUGGCAAAGUAUGUGUCCAACUAAUGUCGUCAGCGGUAACGGUACGAGUUCGUGGAUAUGCGACCCCGACAGUGCGCACACAACAAGCUCAUUCAAAGCAAGUUUUGAGCUCUCUUUUGAGGGAGUGGGUAUCCAUCUUAUAGGCAACACAACUAACAACCUAGGAUACGAUAUCUCACUCGACGGUCUCCAUUUCCCUGGUACUUUUCGUUCCAAUACACAAUCUCUGUACUCUUCGGUUGAUCUAAAGCCUGGUCCACAUACCAUUAGUCUCAUGGUCCGACGACCCGCUUCGGCCAGUAAUCCCGGUUCUCUCACGCUAAAAGAGGUUGUAGUAGACGUAGGAAGUGGACAUACCGGAGCGACAGUGAUAAAGAAGGUGAUAGACGAUGUAGACCCAAGCAUCGAGUACUAUGCACCUCCCGGAGGGAACUGGACGAUUGGGAAUGCCUAUCCUCGGACCACUCAGCCAGAAGGGAUUAGGAGCUCCACAUAUCAUGAUAGCUAUUGGGCGAAUGCCACUGCAACGAUUUCAUUUAAAGGAGGCACUGGAAUUUCGGUCUACGGAGCGUGCUAUUCACAUUCACGAUAUGCUGCGUAUUCUGCAUCUAUGGACGGUUCGGAAGAGAUUCAACAUGAUGGCACCAUAAAUCUAUAUUCUAUUGGCGGGGAUGUAAAACAACGAGCAGGAAAUUGUCUACGAUAUUUCAAGAAUAAUCUCGAUGCAGACAAAGAUCAUGAGCUCGUGCUCAGAGUAAAAGAUCCAGGGCGACUCGCUGUAGAUUGGGUAGAAGUGUUCACCGUCGAAGGAGGCGAUGCAUUCGCCAGUGGAGGCCAAGGAGGCGGUGGCUCCAAUGGAAUACGUAACAGCCCCAAGGUCGCCAUAAUAGCAGGUGUUGCUUCCGGCGCAAUCGUCCUCCUGCUAGCGCUCUUCACGCUUCUCAUUUGCCUUCGACGAAAACAAACCGAACCGCAGGAAAUCAUGACCCCAGCUCCAAAUCAAACGGGCCCUUCGAGCCGAGGAGACACAUCGUUCAUCAGCACACCUUUUGCACCUGGCUUACCGCACAUGAGGACUGAUUCACACGGGGCCUCGGGCAUGUAUACAUGGCCGCAGCACCAGACUCUUGCACCAAGUACGGCAAAGCGUCGCCAAGGAGGUACAACGGCACGAUUAUUUCAUCAUUCGGGUGUUACGCCGCUGGCCUCUCCAGGACUAGGAUCGUCGUCUAGCUAUACAGAGAGUACUGUUUCAGGGCCUGGAUGGCCUGAUUCUGCUGGGUAUCAGAUAAGUACAUUUAAUCACGGCGCACCUCUUGGUCCACACGGAACCGGGUCCGGUCGAAUCUGGUCCCUUCCCAGCAUGAUAGUUCCGCUUGCGUCCUUCCUAGUUUGGAUCACUGUUGCAUAUGGAUGGACCUAUGCGGAAAGCGGAAUCGCGACGAUGACCCAUUAUACCAUGAACGUGGGUACUAUUGCCGCAUGUGGAUGCACAGGAGGAAGUACGUAUUAUCCAACCGCAGCUCUAUCGUCUCUCGCAUAUGGAAGUGAUGGGUCUGUGGGAUUUGGGCCAAGUUGUGGACGAUGUUUCAAUCUCACUCUCUUGAAUACGUUUCUUUCUACACCUCCGUUUUAUCCCAACCCUACCAAAUCGAUUGUGGUCAAAGUAACUGACCUAUGUCCUUCUAUCUCUGGGUGGUGUGAUGCUACAGAGUCAAAGCCCAACGACGGAGGUGCUUGGUUGAAUUUUGAUCUUGUCUGGCCCUCCGUCGCAAUACCCGAGGACUGGUUUCCCCAUAAUGAAUCUUUUUAUGGAUACAAGGACUUUGGUGUAUGGAACGUGAGCUAUCAAUCUGUUCUAUGCGCCGACAAUUGGGCAGGUGGCCAUGAUCCCGCCGCGCUUGGGAGCGUGAACAACCUGGGAGAUAGUGUCUGUUGUCCAGCAGAUCCGUUAGCCCCGAAUGGGACAAUCUGUCCGUCAAGUGGCCCUGCUCCCGAUACUGGAACUUCCGGUGCACCGGAUGAAUAUUGA